AUGUAUCUGCGAAAGCACGAGACGUCUUCAGACGGAUGCCCGUCCCCCAGGCUUUCAUCCCCCGACAGUCACUACACAAAUCUAACCAUCGCCUCACCCGCCUCGGACCCAGGCAUGUCUUCCACGCAGCCAUACACCCCCAACUACACCACCUGGGGUGCGCACGACUACUACGGGGAGAACAAUAACAUCUACAACAAGUACGACUACAAGUACAAGUCCCAAAGGGUGGGAUGCUCGAGUUCCUACGAAAGUCAGGACUUCUACAGCAAAAACCUCGAGAAAAAACAGCAACAGCAGCAACAGCCCCCACAGGGGGUCGAAGUGAUGAAAAAACGACGUUUAGCUGCGAACGCUCGCGAACGUCGACGAAUGAACAGUUUGAACGACGCUUUUGACAGGUUAAGGGACGUGGUGCCAUCGCUCGGCAACGAUAGGAAGCUAUCGAAGUUCGAAACCCUUCAAAUGGCUCAAACGUAUAUCGCAGCUCUGCACGAGCUGCUUCAAAGAGAUUGA